UAAUCUCCCCCAACGCCAACCCUUUCAUCGCAUUAGGAUUUCACCCCUGUGAUUUCACUCUCUGCCCAAAAAACAGGAAAAUAAUUGUAGGGGCUUCUGUCUGUUUGCCUGUUCAGAGAUUUUUCGUACAGGCGAUGGAAGGGAAUUUAUCGCAGGGAUCUAUGGAACCAGGUCUCACUCCCUAUGGAGGCCUUGACUUGCAAGGAUCGAUGAGAGCCCCCCCUCAAGGACCACACCCACAUACAAUCCGGCAUCAGCAUCAGUUGUUCCGUUGCCAAAGUUCUUCUGUCCAUACCUCGAUGCAUGAAGGGUUUCCACUCACUAUGGGAGCACCAAAUGCUUCUGAUCAACCUGUUUCAGUGACAGAUUUUAGCAUGGGGGAGAAGGGAAAAAACUCAGUAAGCGAUGAAGAUGACCCGAGUUUUAGCGAAGAGGGCAUUGAUGAUCAACAUGAUGCAAAUAGAGGGAAGAAGGGAUGGCCAUGGCAGCGUGUGAAGUGGACAGAUAAGAUGGUGAGGCUUCUAAUAAAUGUUGUCUCUUAUGUAGGUGAGGAUGUGGCCUCAGAUUCCAGUGCUGGGUUUAGAAGGAAAUUUGCAUUUGUACAGAAAAAAGGUAAGUGGAAAGCAAUCUCAAAUGUCAUGACUGAAAGGGGAUUUAAGGUUUCACCUCAGCAGUGUGAGGAUAAGUUCAAUGAUCUUAACAAAAGGUAUAAGAAACUAAAUGAGAUGCUGGGGAGAGGCACUUCUUGUGAAGUGGUUGAGAACCCUGCACUCUUGGAUGUAUUAAGUUACUUAACAGAGAAAGAAAAGGAUGAUGUCAGAAAAAUAUUGAGCUCAAAACAAUUGUUCUAUGAAGAGAUGUGUUCUUUCCGUAAUGGGAACCGAUUGCAUUUGCCUCAUGAUCCAGCUCUACAGCAUUCAUUGCAGUUGGCUCUUGGAAGUAGAAAUGAUUGUGACAACGAUGCAAGGAGGAACCAGCAUGAUGAUCCAGAUGAAGAUUAUCAAGAUGUAGAUACCGAUGAUCGUGACGAAUAUGGGGAGAAUCAUGAUUCACAUGUGGAUACCAGGGGACUAUAUGGUGUGUUAGGGUGCUCUAGAAAGCGGAUGAGGCAAGACCAGGGCCAAGAUGAUGUUUGUUUUGUGAAUUCUUUGGGUUUUCAGGAUUGCGACAAUGGUUCUUAUUCUCAUCCACAGGUUGCACAAACUGACGUGAAUAAGGCCUUACCUGAAAGCGGCUGCAGCAGAUCGGCUUUGUUAGAGAAGCAUUGUGUCGAAGCUCAAACACUUCAGUUAGAAGAACAGAAGCUACAAAUACAAGCUAACAUGAUGGAAUUGGAGAAAGAGAGAUUUAAGUGGGAAAGGUGUAGCAAGAAAAAGGAUCGUGAAUUAGAAAAGCUGAGAAUUGAAAAUGAGCGGAUGAAGCUUGAGAAUGAACGUAUGGCAUUGGAGUUGAAGCGCAAAGAAAUGGAAGCUGGCUUAAACUAAUGCUGGUUUCGUGGAAUAUGCUUGCUAAUAACUUCCUGUCUUUGAGGAACUGCUUUCUGGAAAUUAUGGAAAUUUGGAUGGUGGACAUUAUGUUAUUGGACAUCUUUUCCAGAUUAUGGGAAAGCUAAGCAGUGGUCAUUUUCUUUUGCUUCAUUGUAAUAAUAUCCAGGAUAGUUUCCGAAGGAUAUCUUCUCUUCCCAGUUUGAAUAGGCCUUUACAGUACUGACCUUCUGUGGGCCUUAAACUCCUCAUACAUCAGAGUUGCCAACUUGAAAUUUGAGUGUUUGUUUUAAAACCUCUCAACUGUUGCCAACUUUUUUGCGUGUUUGUUUAGCGUAGAAGGCUAAUGUUGGUAGCCGCUGCAAAUGAAAUGACCAUUGGAAGUCAGAAUUUCUUGUCUGUUUUUCUUUUUGGGCUGUAUGAGUGCAUAGUUGGAGUGAACUAUAUCGGAACAUUGAUAUGUCAUAAAGUGGGUGGAGUAGCAAUAUUGUGCCAUGGUUGCUUGGAAUGCAUGUGGAUGUAAAGAGACACAAGUCUUGUGAUGCUAGUUUAAGUACAAUUUGAAUGUGUUGAUGCCCAUUCAAUUGUAAUGUCAUUUCAUGAAAAUUUUUGCUGUGAUUUUCAAUGUUUGACAACUCAUUAUGUACCAUUUAAAUGUGCUGACGGCUGACGCACAAUCAACUGUGAUAUUAUUUCAUGAAGAUGUUUGCCUGUGAUUUUGAAUAUUUGGCUCUUCCAUACAUAUAUAUACUUUAAAAUGUUUGUGUUUUCACACACACCUGUGUAUGAUUGUCUGUUCAUUUGAGCCAAAAUUAAAGUCACAAUAUCUGUGGAUUAAAACUAUGCUGCUAAGAUUUGUGGUUUUCAACCAUCUUAGUGUGAUGAGGAGGGAACUUCUCAUUGGGAAGCUGGAUUUUUUUUCUUGCUAGUUGGAUGAGAACUUUUUUUGGAGAAGCUAUAGUUCAGGUGUAAUAACCAAUAGACAGGUUUUCUUAGGUGCAUAUGUUCGGCAAGCUUGUUGGAUGUGUAGUUGUGAUAUAAAAUCGGCCAUAUCCUCAAAAAGCAUUAAUUCCUAACAUUUUGGGAUCAGCUAAUCCUGUAAAUCAUUUCCAUCUACAUCUUUUUUAGAUUUCUUCUUCCCUUCUUAGCAUUUCAUGCUUUCACAUUUGUGCA